AUGAUCUCUUUUUGUGUUUGCAAAGGUGUGUCCCUGGGCAUGUGCCUGAUUGGGCCUGAGGAACCUGGUCAUGAGGGGCUUACUUCUACCUCUCUGUUGGAUCUCUUGCUGCCAAGUGGACUGGAAUCAGUAGAUCCAGUUGAGCCAAAUGAGGCCAUUGGACCAGUAGUUGGGUUGGGAGCCCCUGGCUCAGGCUUCACCAGUGAAGAGAAUGAAGAAUCUAGGAUUUUGCAGCCACCACAGUAUUUCUGGGAAGAUGAAGGAGAGCUGAAUGAUUCCACCUUGGACCUAGGACCCACUGAAGAUUACACCUUUCCCCUCUCGCCACAGAAAGCAGUACCAGAAGAAGACAAGGGCCAGGACCAAGAAUUCCCAAGCCUCUCCUCUCCCUUGCCCACAAUGAAUCUGGUUGAACCACCCUGGCGUAAUCCUCCUGAGGAUAUGGAUGAAGAGGAAGAGGAGGAGGAAGAGGAGGAGGAAGAGGAGGAGGAAGAGGAGGAGGAAGAGGAAGAAGAGGAAGGAGGAGAAGAGGAACCAGAGGAAGAAAGGGAUCCAGAAAAGAAACAGGGGGAGGAGGAGGGAUUGCUUCCAGUGAAUGGAUCCCAGGAGGCACCCCAAUCUCAGGUCCCUGGCCCCUUUUCUACGAGCAGUACCCCACCUGACUCAGUACCAGAGGCUUCCAGAAAUAACCAUGAAGAUCCUGUGGACCAGGGUGUGGAAGUGGGAAGCAGUAUGGAACCAAGUUUGUCACCACUUCCAAUCAUCCCAGCUACAGUGGCCAUGGGCAGCCAAGGCUUUACCAAGCAGAAGGCAAUAGGAACUGUGGGAGUAACAGAACAAGAUACAAGACAUGCUAAGGAAUCAGAAGUCCAUGGGGGAAGAAUUGAGGAGACUACAGUGGCAUCAAAAGGACAAGUGCUUAAGCAAGGGCAUGAACUCCCUUCAGUGUCACCGUCUGAAAGAGAUGUACCAUCUGGGGGUCCUUCCCAGGCUAGUAUCUCUGCCUCUCCCUCCCCGGACCUCAAUGGCAAAGAAUUCACACCUUCUGCUGCUGCCACAGGGCAACAAGACCUCCCCCUUCAAGCUGGGGAUGGGGAGGCUCCAGGUGUACCCACCAGAACAUCCUGGGACCCAGCUCAGGUCAUCUGCAAAGACUGGAGCAACCUGGCUGGAAAGAACUACAUUAUCCUGAAUAUGACAGAGAACAUAGACUGUGAGGUGUUCCGGCAACACCGGGGGCUUCGGCUCCUUGCCCUGGUUGAGGAGGUGCUGCCUCGACAGGGGGAUGGACGUCCUGGGGACUGGCACAUCUCCCUGAGCAAACCCAGUGAGAAUGAGCAACACUUGCUGAUGACACUGGUGGGAGAGCAGGGGGUGGUUCCAACCAAAGAUGUCCUCUCAGUUCUGGGUGACAUUCGGAGAAGCUUAGUGGAGAUUGGCAUCCAGAACUACUCCACUACCACCAGCUGCCAGGCUCGGCCUAGCCAGGUACGGAGUGACUAUGGGAAGCUUUUUGUUGUGUUGGUCGUCAUCGGCUCCAUUUGUGUCAUCAUCAUUGUGCUCGGGCUCAUCUACAACUGCUGGCAGCGGCGCCUGCCCAAGCUCAAGAACAUGUCCCAUGGAGAAGAGCUUCGCUUUGUGGAGAAUGGAUGCCAUGACAAUCCAACAUUGGAUGUGGCCAGUGACAGUCAGUCAGAGAUGCAAGAGAAGCAACCGAGCCUGAAUGGGGGCAGCACUGUCAAUGGGCCUGGGGGCUGGACUGUGCUGAUGGGGGGCAAGAGAGACCCUGAGGACUCUGAUGUAUUUGAGGAGGACACACACCUGUGA